AUGGACUAUGCUAUAGUACGUUUCGCAAAAAGUGGUCUGAGUAUGGGAGCGAAAGCAGCCAUAAUUUCCGGCUCUAUUGUGAUUGCAUCUACACACCUUGCUGCCUAUCGUCAACGGUUCUCAUCGUGGUACUUACCAGCUUUCUCAGGUGCGCUCGCCGUCGCACUUCAUGAAGCAUUAGUGGGUGGUGUCUUUACGUUUCCGCUUGGUGUCAUCGGUUCUCUGAAGGCAGUUGGAUUGGGAGUCACCUCAGGGUAA